GCUAAAACGCGGUAGCAGCUGCUCUUAGAUGAAACAUAGCAUUGCAGCUGCCAGUCAGUCGCAGUUAGCUGUGACCACUGGUCAUUCGAUCUGAUUUAUUGCCAGUCAUAACCAUCAUAAUGUUUAGUUUAAUUUAUUUAGUGUUAAGCAUCAAUCACGUUAACUGUCUCACGUUUCUACAAGGCACAGCAUCGUUGAAUCUUCCUUACGGUUUCCCAGUGGCCUCCAGUUUCUAUCGACUUCAAGUUCUAGACGAGACAACAGGGCAGCUCACAAAAGAGAAACUCACUUUCCACAUCCUCAAAAGUGUCGCUUUCCCUAAUGAAGCUAAAGCAGGACGAGGACUUUUUACAGUUGAUGAACAUACUGGUUCCCUGAUGCUGUCUCCUCACAGAAAACAUUCGCUGUCAGAGUACAAAGGAUCUACAUUUGCCUUGGACAUCGUUACCAUGCCGUCUGACCGCCCUUCAGGCAAUACAACACAUGCCACGGUUGUUAUUACUGUAACUAAUCAUAGUUUUGCUUCUCCAGACUGCAGACCUCGAGACGAACUUUGCUUCUCUUCAGAUGAAAUUCAGUAUUCAUUAUUCGAGACAACGCCACCAGGAACACUACUGGGAAGUCUAAGACCUCUGCCAUACUCCAGGUUAUGCCCUGAUGCUGAUGUACAGUACAACCUGUCUUUUGAUG